AUGAGCAGCUUCAUCUCAUCGCUGCUGACUGACCUCGGACUUCUUACCCGCACACCUCCCGGUCAUCCUCAGCUACCGGAGUCGGAAUCGGAAUCCCUUCGAAACGAACAAACAAAGUCGUCCUCGGUCAGUGGACUCACUCAACCUACCGCUUCCCACCAAAACUCCGAUCGUGGAGAGCUAGAGUCUAUUGGCGGAGAUGCGGGGUCCUUGCCCAGCCCUCCUUUCUUUCCAAUCCCACCGAAAGACAUGGAUGGUCGCACUGCAGACCUACCGGCCUCUCGACCUUUGAUCGAAGAUCAGAAUGGCACUGAGAGAAGAUACGAUACAAAUAACAAUACAACGAGUCCCCAUGAAUCUUCGACUCAAAAUGACGAGUCGACUGAACCCCCGAACGGGCCACCGGACAACGACUCGGAAUCGAGACAUGAAACAAGGGACGGCAAUCAACAAAGUCCAGGUCAAACCUUUGAUAGUGAUGAGCUAGGGGAAAUCUCAUUACCCGCGGACGAUGGCAUGGGGUGGCUCAGGAACAAAAUUCAUGCCAUACGGGCCUUGGAUCUCGAUAAUCAUGAAAAGGCACGGAGGGUUCACGGUCUCAUGACGGAAAGCUAUAACUCUUCUCGUCCACUACCGCCGAACUCUUCAACACUACUUCCUCCUCUCCCGGAUACGCCUGCUAGUCAAUCGCUCUCCCAAGUGAAACCAUUGAAGUCGAGUUCAACGAGCCCGACAUUGACCACGUCCAAUCCCAAAUUCGAGAACCUGUUCAACCUUACCGCUGAAGAUUUACAGCCUACAUAUGUGCCGAGGAUUGAACCUGAAUCACCUGUGGUGGAGACAGGCGACGAAGAUCCAGACACUGAAGAAUUGUACGGGGCGCUACUAGGCUGCCAGCACUAUAUGCGAAAUGUCAAGCUCCAGUGCUUCACCUGCAAAAAAUGGUAUACUUGCCGUUUCUGCCAUGAUGCAUCUGAAGAUCAUCAUUUGAUUCGGCGCGAUACGGAAAAUAUGUUAUGUAUGCUGUGUGGUCAUCCCCAGCCUGCGGAUCAACACUGUAGGCAGUGUGGUGAACAGAGUGCGCAAUAUUACUGUGAUGUUUGUAAACUUUGGGAUAACGAUUGCGAAAAAAGCAUCUAUCACUGUAAUGAUUGUGGUAUAUGUCGGAUUGGCCAGGGCCUUGGAAAGGAUUUCUUCCACUGCCAGACUUGCUGCGUCUGUCUGCCUAUUUCAAUUGAGGAUACACAUCGGUGCAUUGAAAGAUCCACACAGUGUGACUGUCCAAUCUGUGGGGACUAUAUGUUCACCUCUCCAGAAACGGUGGUUGUGAUGCGCUGUGGCCACAGCAUGCAUCAUAAGUGUCUAGGGGAGUAUUCGAAGACCUCUUUCCGUUGUCCUAUUUGCAGCAAGACUAUCACCAACAUGGAGUCGACAUUUCGAAAUCUGGAUCGCACAAUUGGGAGCCAGCCUAUGCCUUCUGAGUUCAAGGACACCAAAGGUCUCAUCUACUGUAAUGACUGCGGCGCAAAAUCCGUCGUCAAGUAUCAUUGGCUUGGCUUAAAAUGUGAUUUGUGCGAGUCAUAUAAUACAGCCCAAAUUCGACUCCUGCAAGGAGAUAUAUCUGCUGUGCUUGCGGAGGAGGGCGUUGGUGACCCCCCACCGCGGACCCGAUCAUCAUCCUUGAAUGCAAGCGAGGAGCCGACGACGUCAUUGAGAUCCCUCCACCUCAACACGAAUCCGACACCCGACUCACAUCUUAGUGUCCCAACCCUUGCUGGGCCAGACCAGCGUACUGUGUCAUAUAAUAUGACCCGCGGUCGAGCGAUUUCCCCGGUCGUUAGUAACUAUUUUGGCCUGCCUUCGGAGCGAGAAUCCGAGAAACCAUCGUCUUUGCCCUUCUUUGGCGGCCCAUCGCGAGCAGAUAAUGAGACUGAUUAUGGGGCUUUGAACUUUUUAAGUCAAAAGCUUCGAGAUCGCUAUGGAUUUCUCACCAGUGAAUCGAUAGCUGAGGGUCCAUCAGAAGUCGAAGAAGAAGAUGAGGCGGAGUCCGAAGGCGGCUCGGCAUCGGACGAAGGGGAUGAGGACGAGGAUGAAGAUGACGAGGAUGAGGAUGAUGAGUAUAUGGACAUAUUUGGUCACCGAUGA